CGCUCAUUGCGUUGAUGGUGAAUUGAGCGACUGGCUGCGCGGCGCCGGUCAUUCACGCAUCGAGAGGACGCAUGCACUUUUUCAUCACCAAUUGAGUGUGGUUAGCGCACGGCGCCUCAUAGCCUCCUGUGAGUGGUCGGACAUUCAACCUGUGGCUAAAUUGUACGAUAGGCUACUUUGAUGGGGAAAACCCCACAAUUGAAUACUACACACUCGAAAAGGGAUGCCCGACGUUUGGAAAGAAACAAAGGAAUAUGAUGUUUUUUUGACCUACUAUACUUACCUGUUCCUCCUCCGCUACCCUGGUUGGUUUGUCAGACAGCCAGAGUGGUGCUGAGCUGCUGGGUGUUGGUGACUCCGCUUCGGGUGGAGUGGUGCGCUGCUACUGGGGCUUUAGUUGACUCUCUGCCGGGAGGAUUAGUGUGAUUCUGCGGGGGCUAGUCGACUCUCUGGUGGGCGGGGUGGUAUGGUGGUGCCAUAGGAGCCCCUCUAUUCAGAAGGAUGCUGGUGGGAAAUGCCUGGCGACAGAGAGGACGAGAUUUGUCAAAAAGCACUAGAACUACUGUCUGAUCUGUGCUCUAAAGGGGACGUACAGAACGAAAACUGUCUGGAUUUCAUUUACCAUUUCCGAGACCUCGCCAGACCACGCUACACAGACUCAGAUGUGUCGGUGAGCCUGCUGUCCCUGGUGGUGACAGCCUGUGGCCUGGCCCUGUUCGGGGUCUCAAUCUUCGUGUCCUGGAAGCUCUGCUGGAUCCCAUGGAGGGAGCGUGGCCUCUCCCCCAGCAUCAAGGAGCCCACCCAUGGGCACCACGAUUCCCCCAUGGCACCUUUGCAACCCUACGUCCCAGCCAGGGAGCCAGUCUACACGGCCGUCGACCCCCCCGUCCCCGCCCUCGACCGCCGUGAGUCACAUCGCUGCUCCAUUGUCCCUGUGGCAUCUGGGACAGUGACGGGGCCGGUGACCCCCGUAUCACCGCCCCCCAUAGCGGCGAUCAUUCCCAUCCCAGAGGCGGCCAUGAAGAUUAGCCACACAUCUCCAGACAUCCCCCUGGAAACCCAGAGUAAAGGCCGUGAGAACGGGGUCCACACCAACCCUCGUACGCAGAGGCAGACCACUGAGCCCUCACCCUCCGUCCGGUCAAUGUCUAUACACACAGAGAUUGGGUCUGACUCUAUCCGUAGAUUAUCCGUAAACAGGUCCAACCCGGACUUUAACGUGGCCCAGUUCCAGAGACAGGACUCUCUGACUGGGAUGGGCCUGGGUCUGGGCCGUCUCAAACCAGAGCUUUACAAGCAGCGCUCCCUGGAAGGGGAUGAGGGGGGCCGGCGGGGCGGAGGCUGUGGACGCCUACACUUCAUUCUUAAGUUCGACUGUGACCUGGAGCAACUAAUCGUCAAGAUCCACAAGGCGCAGGAUCUCCCCGCCAAGGAUUUAUUGGGCACCUCAGACCCAUACGUCAAGAUCUACCUACUACCGGACCGGCAGACCAAGCACCAGACCAAGGUUCACCGCAAGACGCUCAACCCCGUGUUCGAUGAAGUAUUCCUGUUCCCCGUGGAGUACGCUGAGCUGCCGACACGCAAGCUGCACUUCAGUGUCUACGACUUUGAUCGCUUCUCGCGCCACGAUAUCAUCGGCCAGGUGGUGGUGGACAACUUCCUGGAUCUGGUGGACUUCCCUGCAGAGACAAAGCUUUGCCGAGACAUCCAGUACGUCUCCACGGAUAAUGUGGAUCUGGGAGACCUGAUGUUCUCUCUGUGCUACCUGCCCACCGCCGGCAGACUGACCAUCACCAUGAUCAAGGCCAGGAACCUUAAGGCCAUGGACAUCACUGGGGCAUCAGACCCGUAUGUGAAGGUCUCUCUAAUGUGUGACGGUCGGAGAUUAAAGAAGAGGAAGACCUCCACUAAGAGGAACACUCUGAACCCUGUCUACAAUGAAGCCAUAGUCUUUGAUGUCCCCCCAGAGAACAUUGACCAGAUCGGCCUUAUGAUCGCCGUCAUGGACUAUGACCGUGUAGGCCAUAAUGAGGUCAUCGGGGUGUGUAAAGUGGGCAACGAUGCAGAGCACCUGGGCCGAGACCACUGGAGCGAAAUGCUGUCGUACCCACGAAAACCCAUCGCCCACUGGCACCCGCUCAUAGAGUACCAAGGCACCACAGGCGGGAGCCAGGCAGGGUCCUGUAAUUCCCUGAAGACUCCUCCGUCUCCGUAAGCUUAACCGUCUGGUCCCUCCCGGAAUACGACCACAAGGAGAAGGGGCAGGCGGCCCAGCCCAAUCGUAGGAGUACCGUCCUGCUGAGUGGUCGACAUACUGUUAUACGUCAUGACAGUGUGGGGUCGAUCUUAUGGUUAUCAGAGACCAAUCAUUGUCUGCUCUGUGUCUCUGGGACAGGGCGUUUGCAUGGGGAGUAGGAUUGAUUCAGUUGCAUGUUGAGUGACCACAUAAUAUGGUUGUUGUCUUUUUUAUUCAGUCCCAAAAAGAAAAUGGAUGACAAAAACAAACCAGGAGGUUUUAACAGUUUGGUCUAAGCCUGAGUUUGAAGUAACUGUUUUUUACAUUAGUCUUGCUCUACCUGUUUUUAAUGGGGUGUGUCUGUAUUGCACAGUGUACUUAAAAACAACCAGUCGAACUGAUAUACAUAUUUCAUUUGGAAACGGUGCAUGAGGUCAUGGUUUUUGGUGGAAUAUCUUCUCCUCAGUUUCUUUCGGUUUCUGUUCUUGGAAUAGAAUGUUCUGUCGCAUGAUCACAUGACAUGUGCAGUGGCAGUUCAUUUCUUAGACUUAGUACCUGUACGUAAAAAUGUCCUUUCAAAUGUUAUCAAUAAAUAUUUAUUGAUAAGAACACAGCUGGGUGGUCAAUGUUAAUAUUACUCACCUGUUGCUAUGACAACCACAGAUUAUUGUGAGGCGAUAAAAGGCAAGUGUAAAACCAGAUGGUAAUGAAACCCAACAUGCCUAAUCUGAUCAUGUAAAUUAAUACAAUUAUUGUGUGUAAUUGGGGGACGGUGAUUCUAUGAAGUUAUUACAGUAAGCUAAAUGUCAAAAUAAAAUAGGAAAAGGCACAAACUGAGUGACUGUGAAAUAGUGUAGAGAGAGGGGGAGAGACGAUCAAGACCAGAGAGAAUGGGAGAUAGUCAUAUGACAUAAAAAUAUAAAAAAACAGCGAAAUGUGUAUGUGUGUGUGUGUGUGUGUGUGUGUGUGUGAGUCUAAGUGUUUUCUGAGAGAUGUACAUGGGGUCUAGUCAUUUGUUUUGUACCUUGUCGAUGAUCCGUUGUUUAUCUUUG